AUGAAUUAUAAUGGAAUUUUGAAGGGCACUGGAAUCCGCAUCGCCUACAGUACGGACGGUCAUCUUCUCAAUCAACGACGGAUGCACUUCCAUUCGCGCGUAUCCACAACCACAGUUCAUGAACUUCUCUUCACCGACGACUGUGCCCUGAACCGCACCUCGGAAGAGGAGAUGCAACGGAGCAUGGACCUGUUCUGUGCCGGGUGCGAGAACUUUUGGCUGGUCAUUAACACGCAGAAAACGGUGGUGAUGCACCAACCGCCACCCAACUCAGCCACAGCCCCCAACGUGCUGCAAAUCAGCGUGGGCGGAACCCAACUGCAAGUGAUGGAGAACUUCCCGUACCUGGGCAGUACUCUCUCCCGCAACACCAACAUCGAUGACGAAGUCAUCAACAGGAUCUCGAAGACCAGUCAAACCUUCGGUCGCCUCCAAAGCACAGUUUGGAAUCGUCACGGUCUUCAACUGAGCACGAAGCUGAAGAUGUACAAGGCCGUCAUCCUGCCGACACUACUGUAUGGCGCGGAAACCUGGACAGUGUACACAAAGCAGGCACGCCGUCUGAACCACUUCCACCUCAGUUGUCUUCGUCGGAUCCUGAGGCUGAACUGGCAGGAUCGAAUCCCCGACACUGAUGUGCUGGAACGGACGGGAAUCCCCAGCAUCUACACAAUGUUGAGACAACUGCAGCUGCGCUGGAGCGGCCACCUGGUGCGCAUGGACGACGAGCGACUACCCAAACGACUCUUCUACGGAGACGUCGCAACGUGUUCUCGCCGCCAAGGAGGCCCAAUUCUCCGAUACAAGGAUACGCUGGAGUCCUCCCUGAAGCGCCUGCAAAUCAACACGACCAACUAA